UCAUUAGAUCUACGGUGGAGGACGGAGGCGGCCGGCGGUGGGAAUUGAAAGCAUAUAUACAUAUACACCCACACACAGAUAUAUGGCGGCGUCGAGUAAUUUGGGCGGCCCAGCGUUUGCAUAUACAGUCGUCUACACCAAAGACGUCUCGAAAUCCGUUGAUUUUUACGCCAAGGCUUUCGGCUACAACGUUCGUCGUCUAGACGACAACCGCAAAUGGGCGGAGCUAGAGAGCGGAUCCACGACGAUCGCGUUCACUCCAAUCCAUCAACGCGAGACCGAUGAAUUGACCGGUCAAGUCCAGACUCCUCUUUCAAUUGGCGAAAGACAACCCAUUGAGCUUUGCUUCGACUACGUAGACGUCGAUGCUGCGUACAAGAGAGCGGUGGAGAACGGGGCUGUGCCGGUGAGCGCGGUGGCAGAAAAAAAGUGGGGGCAAAGAGUGGGGUACGUGCGAGAUAUUGAUGGUAACGUCGUCAGGUUGGGGAGCCAUGUACGGUCGUAAACCACAUACUACAACGUUGAACACUUCAACGAACGACCAUAAACUUUGUAGCCGUUAAAAGUUCCGUUUUUUUUAGAGGACCUAUGUAACGCUUUUUUUACCCUUAAAAUAAAAGUUCUUUGUUUGG